AUGAACGCGUUGUCCACGAGCGCCAACGCCUCGACCUUCGCCGCCAGAGCGCGUGCGAGCGACGGUAAGAUCACGGUGAACGUUCGUCGAACGUCGGUCCGACGCGCGCCCUUGUGCGUGACGGCGGCGGCGAAGAACCUGUACUUCAACAAGAAUGACGGCGUUGCGCUGAAGAAGAUGCAAAAGGGCGUGGACAAGCUCGCGUCUGUCGUUGGCGUCACGCUCGGCCCGAAGGGUCGUAACGUCGUCCUCGAGUCCAAGUAUGGCUCACCAAAGAUUGUUAACGACGGUGUGACCGUGGCCAAGGAGGUCGAGCUCGAAGAUCCUGUUGAGAACGUCGGCGCCAAGCUCGUGCGCCAAGCGUCUCAAAAGACUAACGACCAAGCCGGCGACGGCACAACCACGGCGACCGUUCUCUCCGCGGCCAUGAUCACGGAGGGCAUGAAGAUCGUCAUGGCCGGUACCAACCCGGUCCAGCUCACGCGCGGUAUGGAAAAGACCACGCAAAAGCUCGUCCAACACCUCAAGACGCUCUCCAAGGACGUGGCUGACGACGAGCUUGCCAAGGUCGCCUCCAUCUCCGCCGGUGGCAACAUGGAAAUCGGUGAGAUGAUCGCUGCCGCCAUGGCCAAGGUUGGCCGUAAGGGUGUCAUCUCCCUCGAAGAAGCGCGCUCCGUCGACAACAACCUCAUCGUUGUCGAAGGUAUGCAGUUCGAUCGUGGUUACAUCUCCCCGUAUUUCGUCACCGACCCGGAGCGCAUGACGUGUGUGUACGAUCAGUGCAAGCUUUUGAUCGUCGACAAGAAGAUCAGCACCGCCCGCGACAUGAUCGGCAUCCUCGAAGCCGCGAUCCAACAAGGCUUCCCGCUUAUGAUCAUCGCCGAGGACAUCGAACAAGAAGCUCUCGCGACGCUCGUCGUGAACAAGCUGCGCGGUUCGCUCAAGAUCACCGCCAUCAAGGCGCCGGGUUUCGGCGAGCGCAAGAGCCAGUACCUCGAAGACAUCGCCAUCCUUACCGGCGGUACCGUCGUCAAGGAAGAGCUUGGCUUGAGCCUCGACAAGUGUGGCGUUGAAGUGCUCGGCAGCGCCGCGCGCAUCGAGCUCGGCAAGGAAUCGUGCACCAUCGUCGGAUCUGGCGACACCGCCGCCGAGGUCAGUGCUCGUGUCAAGCAAAUCAACCGCCUCUUGGAGUCCACGGAAGCGGAUUACGAGAAAGAGAAGCUCCGUGAGCGUGCGGCUCGCCUCUCCGGGGGCGUUGCCAUCGUUCAAGUCGGCGCCCAGACGGAGACAGAACUCAAGGAGAAGAAACUUCGUGUUGAGGAUGCCCUCAAUGCGACCAAGGCUGCCGUCGAAGAAGGCAUUGUGAUUGGUGGUGGCUGCACCUUCUUGAAGCUUGCGGCGGCGGUUGAUGGCAUCAAGGAAACUUUGGACAACGAUGAGCAGAAGGUCGGCGCUGACAUCAUCAAGCGCGCCUUGUCCUAUCCGAUCCGCCUUGUCGCCCACAAUGCCGGUGUGAAUGGCUCUGUCACAUGCGAGCGCGUCAUGAGCUCUGCGGAUCCAAACUUCGGCUUCAACGCGGCCACUGGCCAGUUCGAGGACCUCAUGGAGUCUGGUGUUCUUGACCCGACGAAAGUCAUCCGUUGUUCCCUCGAAAACGCGUGCUCCGUCGCGAAGAUUUUCCUUACGUCCGACGUGGUGGUGUGCGAAAUUCCGGAGGAUGAAGACGCUGCCGCUGCUGCUGCGGCCGGCAGCGCGAUGGACAACUCGGGCUACCCGCAAUAG